AUGAUUGUAUUUUGGCAGGCAAUGAGCGACCACUUUGAUCAUUAUAAGCGGCCACCGAGCCGGGAUAAUAGUGUGGACCGGUAUAGCCGGGCAGCCAGUCGACUCAGUGGAGGGUCGAGACAGUCAUCAGUGGAAAAGUCACAGAACCAGCAGCAACAGAGGAGAGGAGGAGAUGAUCGACUUCCGUCCUCAUCGUCUUCCACAGCUGAUAAAUCAUUCAGCGGUGGAGCUGGCUUUAAUGCGGCGUCGGCGGCCGGGGCCAAGCAAAAUAUCUCGUCAUCGGUCGCCACGCAGCGUCAACCACCGCCGUUUGAGGAUAUCAUACUUAGACAACGGAACCUUGGGCAGGAAAUUGUUCCAUCACCUAUCGGGCAACCCAAGCGCACGGAGUCCUUGUACGUGAACCCGAAUACCGCACGCAAAGAGACCAAACCUAAAGUGAGUACAACAUAUAUUCGGCCUAGGAGUAGGAGUAAUAGUCCUGAUAAUGGUGAUGACCAAAGCAUUAAUGGCGGUAGUGUUGGUAGUGUUGGUAGUGGUGGGAGUGACGACAGUCAUGGUAGCCGUCGUGGCUCCAUUAUUGGUUGUUGUUGUUUUCUUUGCAAUAGGAGCGAUAUGAGCCACGAUAAUAGUGAAAUUAUUGAUAGCCAGGGUCGUCAAGUUAUGAGAGGUAAUAGUGAUUUCCGUACAAAUAAUAGCAGUACUAGUGAUGGCAACGGUAGGGGUAGUGGUGAUGGUCAUGCUAUUAUGGAUAGUUUUAAUUUUAGUGAAAUUGGAGGCAGUGGUGAUGGCCGCGUCAGUAGGAUAAGUGGUUAUAUCCACUCUAGUAGGGGCAGGGGCGUUGGCCGGUCUAGAAGUAAUAGCACUGACAACUACGGUAGUAGAGUUAGUGGUGAUGGUUUCGAUAGUAUGCUUAGUGCUGAUGAGCAUGCUAAUAUGAUUAGUGGUGGUGAUCGCCCUAGUAGGUGUAAUGAAAGCCGUGGAUCUAGUAGGGGUAGAGGAGAAGGUCGCUCUAGUAGCAGAAGUUCAGAUGGCCGAGCUACGUCUAGCACGAUUCCUUUGAAUAGUAGCAAUGGCCAUUCUAGUGGUAAUAACACUAGUGGUAAUAGCGCUAGUGGUAAUAGCGCUAGUGGUAAUAGCGCUAGUGGUUAUAGCACUAGUGGUAAUAGCGCUAGUGGUAAUAGCGCUAGUGGUUAUAGCGCUACUGGUAAUAGCGCUAGUGGUUAUAACGCUAGUGGUUAUAACGCUAGUGGUUAUAGUGCUAGUGGGAAUAGCGCUAGUGGGAAUAGUAGUAUUACCUAUCAUAGAAGGAGUAGAAGUGGUUUAAGAGUACGAUUCAGCGAUGAAGUAAGUAGCAGUGAUGACCCACCUGGCAGGGGUAGUGGGCCCAAUAGAGAUCACAAUCACAUUAGAAGUAACAGGCACAGUAGCUGUGAUAGUUACUUCGAUUCAAGGGAUUCAAAUCAAGUUAUUACAAGGGAAUUUAUUCAAGGAAAUACCGGAGAAUUUGAAAAUACAAUUAACUUACAGGUUAGUACAUAUGGAAAUUACGGUAAUAUUGGUGGAUACAGUAGUGGUAGCAUACGUAAUAACUUUGACGACCAUUCUAAUAUUGCCAGAGUCCAUAGAGUUGGUGGUUAUGAAAGUGGUGGCGUAUGUUGUAGUAGUAAUGAUGACUACGUAAGUAACGGCAUUCGUGAUGUAAGUGUUGUCCACGGUAGAGGUAGCAUCCGUAGCAAUGGUGGUGGCCACAUUAAUAAUAACAUACGCGGUGUUAAUGGCGUCUAUGUUAGCAGUAGAGUGGUCCGAGAUCGUGCUAACCACCACGUUAGAGGUGUGGUCAUCCGUGAAAUAAGUAACAGUGGCCGUGACAGUGGUCAAGGCACUGACGAUUAUGAAUGUAACUAUGAUUAUGAAGGUUUCUACAACUAUGCAGAUGGCUAUGUGAAUGAAGGUAACUACGGAAACGGUGAUGGAGGUGAUUUAGAUGACGGAAGAAUACGUAGGUUGUUGCCAUCAAUUCCGUUUAUAGAGCAAAUGAUGUGGUUUCGAUCGUACUUAAGAAAUAGUCGUAAGAACAUUCUAUUUUACCACACUUAG